AUGUCUUCGGAACAGACUAAAGUAGAUGUCAAAUCUGAUUUGUCAAGGUCAAAUUCAUUUAUAGCCCUAUUGAAGGCUGCUGAGAAGGAACCAUGUGCCGAAAAAGACGCUGGUAAUAAAUCAGAAGACCACUACGCAACACGACUUCCUUUAUGGAGAUUCAAACUACGGAAUGCCAUGUUACCAAUAAUCCGAUGGGAAACACCUCAUUUGGCACGUCUUCAAAGUACACUCCGUCAUCCACUCAUUGAUAUAUAUUUCGCACUGUCUGCGAACCUAGGAACACAUACCUUUUACGUUAUUAUGCUGCCAGUCAGUUACUGGUACGGAGGGACCUCCACUGCUCGUGAUUUGACAUUUAUUCUUGCCAUGGGCGUGUAUUUGACAGGAUUCUUGAAGGAUCUGUUAUGUCUUCCUAGACCACUAUCUCCACCUUUGCAUAGAAUUACCAUGUCGGGAAGUGCAGCUCUCGAAUAUGGAUUUCCCAGUACUCAUACAGCAAAUGCUGUAGGCGUGUUUUUGCUUCUAUCUACCAAACUUCAGGGACCAGUUUAUCAACUGCUUAAUGCUAUUUUUGUAUUUAGCAUUGUAGCAGGUCGCAUAUAUUGUGGUAUGCACGGUUUUGCUGAUGUCGUUAUAGGAGCAUUGAUUGGAGCUGGUCUCUGGGCUUUGACGCUGUUUUCUGGAUUCAUGACUGCAUUACGUACUUCAUCUUCCUACUACCCAUUGUUAAUUGUUCCCUUGACUCUCUUCCUCGUGAGAGUCCACCCAGAGCCUGUUGAUGACUGCCCGUGUUUUGAUGACGGUGUAGCUUUUCUGGGUGUUCUUAUGGGAGAGAUAGUUGGUCAAUGGAUUCUUACCAGAGUCAUUCCAGGUAGCAAUGGAUGUAUCUAUUAUGACCCUCAGAUGUCGGGUAUUGUUGGUACUGCAUUAAGAUUCGUUAUUGGUGUCGGUCUUGUUGUCACAUGGCGUCACAAUAUGAAACGUAUUCUACACGAAGUUCUACCUCCUGCAUUCCGAUUUAUUGAAAAGAUUGGCCUUGCAAUGCCCAGAAAGUAUUUUAUUUCUGCUUCAGAGUACUCUGACAUUCCUUCAUCUAUUCCUGAUACAACGCUCUUUGAGACACAUGAAAUCACUUCGAUUUUUUCGCGCGCCGGUCGCGCCCGAUCCGAUUCAGUGGGACCUCAAUCUACUGCUGACUUAUACGAGUCCAUGGCCCAACAGAAUCUUCAACAUCGGCCACAGGGAGUGUCUUCUGCUCUUCCCUCAAACAGUGUUCGAGAAAACUCACAACAGCCUGAUCUUUUAUCUACUGUUGUGGUUCCGCGUGUUAGAUACGAUGUUGAAGUUGUAACGAAACUCGUUGUUUAUUGUGGCAUUGCUGUUAUAUCCGUGUGCGUAUGUGGUUUAAUAUUCCCCAUCCUGGGAAUCUGA